AUGCCACAGGAUGACAGAAUUGAUGGCUUUGAGAAUCUUCAGGUUUUGGACAUGGAUGGUUGCCAAUUAUCUGGAAAAAUACCUCUAUGGAUAUCAAGGGUCACGAAUUUGGAGAUGUUAAUUUUAAGAAGCAAUCAACUCACUGGACUAAUACCAGGCUGGAUCAACUCCCUAAACCAUCUCUCCUUUAUGGAUGUGUCAAACAACAACCUUAUAGGAGAAAUUCCGUUGACCUUGACGGAGAUGCCAAUGCUAAAAUCAACUGAGAACUCAAGUCAUUUGGGCCCAAGGGUCUUUGAGCUGCCUCUUUAUAUUGAUCCAUCACUUCAAUACCUUGCAGAUACAUCUUUCCCACUAGUGUUGAAUCUAAGCAACAACAACUUCACAGGUGUGAUUCCCCCACAGAUUGGUCAGUUGAAAGUUCUUGUUGCACUUGAUUUCAGCUUCAACGAGCUAUCAGGACAGAUCCCAGGAUCAGUACGCAAUCUCACAAACCUGCAGGUCCUAGACUUGUCCAACAACAAUCUCACAGGUGCAAUCCCAGCUGCAUUGAACAGCUUGCACUUCCUUGCAGCGUUUAAUGUUUCUGGCAAUGACUUAGAAGGCCCUAUUCCAUCUGGAGGACAGUUCAACACAUUUGAGAGCUCUAGCUUUUAUGGGAAUACAAAACUCUGUGGGUCUAUGCUCAUUCACAAAUGUGGUUCAGCAGAAGCACCUCCAGCCAUUAUUCUGUCAAAAAAACAAACUGAUUACAAGGUGGCUUUCGUGACUGCCUUUAGUGCGUUCUUUGGUGUAGGGGUGUUGUAUGAUCAGACAGUCCUAUCGAGGUAUUUUGGCUAG